GAGUCACUCUUGAUUACAUCAGUUCUUCUUUCCCCCUCUCUUUGAGAAGCAAGUUGACGAUCAAAUACCUGAGAGAGGGAGAGCUUGCAUCAGUUUCUCUCUACAUAAAAGAAUCUUGUUAGAGAGAGAUGGGAGUGGGUUCUAAGUUAGGGGAAGUAGCACCAUUUACAGUGAUGGUGAUAAUGGAAGGUUGCACUAUCGCACUGACCAUUAUGGCCAAAACAGUGAUGUCUAGAGGGAUGAGCCCUUUUGUAUUUGUUGUCUAUACCAACGCACUUGGCACUCUCAUUCUCCUCCCUUUUUCCUUCUUGUAUCACAGGGAAAGAGCAGAACAACCACUCUUCACCUUGCCAGUUUUCUUGCGAUUCUUCUUCCUGGGUUUGACAGGGAUAGCUUUAUCACAGAAUCUUGCAUUUGUGGGCCUGAGCUACAGUUCACCGAUAGUCGUUUGUGCAAUGGGCCUUUUGAUCCCUGCUUUUUCCUUCAUUCUGUCUGUCGUCCUCAGGAGGUCAAAGGUAGAAUGGAGAUGCUCAAGUUUCCAAUUCAAAGUGAUCGGCACCUUGGUAUCAAUCAUGGGCGCAGUCUCGGUAGUCAUUUACAAGGGCCCAUAUAUACGACCUUCAUCUUCUUCCCAAAAACUGCAGCAUUCCGAACACCAACUUUUCGUUUUCUACUCAUCACCAGACAAUUGGAUUCUUGGUUGCAUGUUGCUUGCUGCAUCUUUUUUUUGUGUUUCACUGUGGAACAUUAUCCAGUUGGGUACUAUCAAACUCUAUCCCCAAGUAAUGAAAAUAGCGUCUUUUUAUAGCUUAGCUGGGACUGUUCAAUGUGCAAUAUUCUCUUUGAUUGUAGAGAGAGACUUGAAUGCUUGGAAAUUGAGGCUUAAUAUGGAAUUGCUUCUCAUAGUUAUCACGGCAAUCUUUGGGAGUGUCGUCCGCAGUAGUGUUCAAAUCUCGUGCACACGCAUGAAGGGCCCUUUUUACGUGCCCUUGUUUCAACCAUUUAGGAUUUUUUGGGCUACCUUUUUCGGCGUCGGCUUCUUCGUAAAUGGUCUCCAUUAUGGAAGUGUUAUAGGAGCCGUAAUAUCUGGAUUGGGUUACUAUACAGUAUCAUGGGGUCAGAUGAGAGGAGAUGAAAAACAGGAGGAGAGUGUCAGGUACUCCUCCGAUGAGAAGAACCCUCUCCUACAAGAAGACUCGGAGGUGUAGAGUAAUAUUAAUCUUGUGGUGAUCAAUCCUUUUUCACAAAUUGAACCACAAAUUGAACAUCUUCGAAAAGCUGUAUACAUAUAUAUUGGGCAUUUGAUUGUAUUUCUCCUUGCUACUAGUCCAGGUUGUAGAUAGUUUUGUCAGGGCUGGUGCGAAGAAUUAAUGCUGCCAUGUUGAGAAAGUGUACAUUUUGUUUGAUUAAAGAUGUAAAAUUAGUAACACAUUCGCUGCAUAAAAGUUUUAUAUUUGGAAGAAUUCUUGUAUGAGAAUAUCUACGUUCUUUCUC